AUGGCCGCUGCGGCCGACAGUGUGGAGAUUACUGUCCUUAGUCUCGGAGGCGGUGAAGUCACAAAGUUGAUCGCCAGCCAGGAGACUACAGUGAAGGAGUUGAAGGAGCAGAUCUCGGCAACGGCCAGUUUGCCAGCUUUUUUGCUGAGUUUGACCUUCGAGGAGACGGAGUUGGAAGAAGCUCACACGUGUGGAAAACUCGGAUGGACUGGAGCUGUGUCCAUCUACAUGGUGGUGAAGAGCGUCGAUCUGGACGGCCACAUUGCGAGCUUGAGGCAUACGGAAGAGUACCUGCCCGCAGAAGACUUGCGGACCAUCUGCUCGCUUGCGCAG